AUGACUCCCAAGAAGACUGCCGCUCCCCUCCUCUGGUUUUCCUUUUGCUUUGGACAUGUUCUGGAUACAGUGGUGCUGGCGCAGUACCCCUCCGGCGCGCCUGAUAACGGGCUUCACUCACAUCUGGACGCGCGCGGUCCAGGAGAAGCCAGCACGAGCUCCCGGAACGACUCGACAUCUGUCCAUGUUCCGUCGUACAUGAUCUCUCUGUACAGGACUCUAUCUCAACUGGACCGACGUGGAGCGAACGGCAGCCUGGCGCGCUCCAGGAGAUAUGCCAAUACAGUAACCAGCUUCGUGGACCUGCAGGAGCAAGAUGAGCCAUACCCAAUGUUCCACCAGCAAUACACAUUUGACCUGUCUGGUCUCUCACGACUGGAUGAACUGAUGGAGGUGGAGCUACGGAUUCUAAGGAGGCCACCGCCUGACAUCUUAAAUUUACUUUCCCAUGGUGGGAACCUGUACCAAAUACUCCUCCACACCUGCUCUCUCCCUGGAUCUUCUCACCAGCCUCUUCUCCUUACCUCCAGGACCAUUGAUCUUUUAGAUACUGCUUCAGCCACAUGGGAUGUGUUUGACGUUGGCGCGAGUGUGAAGACCCACCUCAGGUUGCAUAGGACCAAAGGAGUCAGCAGACUGUUAUGUUUCAGCAUAGCUGCUGUUUCUGAUUCAACUAAUGAGGCUGUGCAUCCCACUAUGCUGGGACUUAACCAUGAGGAUCAGCAAACCCAUGAAAGGGCAUUGCUGGUGGCGUUUUCUCGUGCACGUAGGAAGGAGAACCUCUUUAGGGAGAUCCGUGAGAAGAUUAGGUCCAUGAAAAGUCAUAAAUUCCAUAAUCCUGCACCAGAACAUGGUAUCAAACAUGGUCACCCCAGACAUCGGCGGAGGAGAGGGACAGCACUAGCAGGACGUCCUGGUGGAGCAGGUGGUGGAGGGGGCGGAAAUGGGGGUAAAGGAACUGGCAGACGGAGAACACGUUGCAGCCGGAAGCCGCUUCACGUGAACUUCAAAGAACUCGGUUGGGACGACUGGAUUAUUGCGCCGCUAGAUUAUGAAGCGUACCACUGUGAGGGCUUGUGUGACUUUCCAUUGCGCUCACACCUGGAACCAACCAACCAUGCCAUCAUCCAGACACUCAUGAACUCCAUGGACCCAGAGUCCACGCCUCCUAGCUGUUGCGUUCCUUCCAAGCUCAGCCCCAUCAGCAUCCUGUACAUUGACUCGGGGAAUAACGUGGUUUAUAAACAGUACGAGGACAUGGUGGUGGAGAGCUGUGGGUGCAGGUAGCAAUGUGAGAGAGGGGUGACCAACCCCUGGACUCCACCCAAAAGUUGUCUCUUAUGCAGAGGCCAAGCACAGCAUUGUAGGCGAGAUGAACUGUCAGAGUGCCUAACCUGUGAAAGAGGAAAGUGUGUAAUUGUGUGUCUAUUUUCACUGUGUCAAUGGACAUGUGAACAGUGUGAAAAUAUGAGCAGAGGAUGAGCCUGAUCUCAUGAAAAAAAUGUGACUGUGCAAAAUCUAUUGCAAAAUAAUAUUG